AUGUCGCAAGCUCCGCGAGGGAGUGAUGAAAGCUCGCCAAAUUCAUCUAGGAACCAGACCAGUUAUCCACUCAUGAACAACGGUUUUAUCCCUCGGGAUUAUUUAACACGAUCUGACCCACAGCGCCCCGGACCGCCUCCUGGUUCUCGACAUAUCACACCCUCUCCAUUGCAUACGAGUUCUUUGCCCCGAUCGCACUGCGCCGACGGCGCUGCAUCAUCUGAGAGUCCUUUAUCCCCGAAAUCCACCGGCAACCUUCCGUUCCCCCAGAAUCGGUCGCUGAACCCUCGCGUGGCCAAUGCUAUAUUCCCAGCGGCGCCCUCUAACACUGGCCAUAGCUUGUCGCAAUCACCAGAAAUGGUAGAGACAGAAUCAGUGAACGUCGGCGGCCAAUCUAGCGAGAGUAGUGGGUCCAAAACCCCCCGUGGGCCAGAGCCUGAUCGACCUACCUCUUCCUCCGUCAGCUCCAUACACUCGAUGUCAGGAGAGCGCCCAACACAUCGCGCCAUGCCUCGUACCUCGUCGAUUGACUCUGCUAUUUCCUCCCUAUCCUCCAGUUCGCAAAGAUCGGCGUUCGAUGUCAAUUCUCUAAGUUCGGCUGAUAUUAAUAAUCUCAUCAAUGCUGCUGGAUCUGCCGAAGCCGUGAUCGUGCACCUCCUGAAAGAGAAACAUCAAGCAGCCUCUCAGAACGUGCAACUUUGGAAAUUGGUUGACAAACAGAGGACUUUGAUUCUCGGUCUCAACAAGGAUCUGGAGCGCGCUUUCCAAGAGAAGGAUAAAUACAGGAAGAAGCUGAAGGAUCUACAAGAAGCUCCGCCGUUGCCGGCCGCCGAAUCCUUGACUUCUGCGACUGCACCAAGCAGUGAGAAGGAGAAUGUGUCGCGCAAAUCCGGCCAACCAUCGAUUGUUCCCCCAACCGAAGCCUCUCGAGAGGGCUUUGAAAGCACCGCAAGCCCGGUCUCUGCCACAGAUAUCUCAUCUCCCGUAGGAGACGGAAAGAGCAGGUUUUCACACCCAAGUCGUAAAGCACCGCCUGCACCUCUCAAUCUUCGCCAAGAAGAUGCCGCCCAGGAAUCAUCCUCGGGCUCUGAUUACGACUCCGAUUAUAGCGACACCCAGGAAACAAAUGGACGUGGUCGGAGAAAGACAAGAGAGCAGGACGAUGAGGACCGCGAAGCUGCGCUGCAGAAAGAUAGGCUCGGAGCAGCGCAGGCAGAAACACAUGGCACUCGUGAUACGGUAAUAUCUAGUCCAGAAACAGUCCCCAGAGAGCACUCUACUCGAUCACCUCCAAAUAUGGCCGAUUCAAACUCCUUGGGAUCAAUGCUGGGCUCUCGGCCUCCUCCUGCCUCCUCCUUCAACGGACGCUCUAUUGCUGCAAUGCCUAUGAGCCCUGGACUGCCUAUGAGCCCGCGACCGGAAGAUCGACCUGUUGGCUCCCCCAUGCCUCGCAUGCCACGAGACAUGGCCAGUUCUAUGUCCAGUUCUAUGGCAGCUGGGUAUCAGUCCUCGGGACUACCGCUCUCGCCCAGAAUGGCCAACCACCCAACUGGCUUUGCUCCCAAUCCCCCAAAUGGACGACCCGGCGGCCUGAUUCCAUCCAUUGAUCCCACCGUCAUGAUUGACAGCCCAAGAUCCGCACAGUUCCCCGACAAUCGAAUCUAUCAAGGAUUGAUCUCGGACGAAUAUCCUGGUCUGCUUUUACCCCCGAAUGCCCUCCCUCUGGUUCAAGUCCGGGUAUCUUCAUCGCGGCUUCGUCCUUCCCGGAACAGCUACAUGGCUUCUAAGCCUCUGGAUGAGGAGCCGGUCUUUACUCUCAGUGUAAUCUCUCGAUCAGAGAUGUCAGAACUAUGGCGAGUUGAAAAGGUCAUUGGCUCUUUGCCUCAGUUGGACCAUAAACUUAGACAGACUUCUGCAUUCCCUGUCAGAUUGCCGGAUAGAAACAUUUUCAACGGACACUCUCCUGCUAAAGUUGAUCUCAGACGUGCCGCAUUGAAUGCGUACUUUGAAGGUCUCUUGGACACACUAAUGGAUGAGAAAGCCGCAUUGACCAUCUGCCAAUUUUUGACCAGCGACGCCAUUGAGCCACGAGACGACGAGACUAGUUUGCUCAAAGGCCUCGCUCAAACAAGGCCGGACAUGCCACGUGGUCCAGAUGGAAAGCCCCAAAAAGAAGGUUAUUUGACCAAGCGAGGCAAGAACUUUGGUGGCUGGAAAGCAAGAUAUUUUGUUCUGGAUGGACCCGAACUAAGAUAUUACGAGUCUCCAGGCGGUCCACACAUGGGUACUAUUAAACUUCAUCAUGCACAGAUUGGCAAGCAAUCGCAGAAAUCCACGGACCAGACUACUUCAGCCACGGGCGAAGAUGACCCUGAUAACCAGUACCGCCAUGCCUUUUUGAUUUUGGAACCGAAGAAAAAGGAUUCUUCUGCGCUUGUCCGGCAUGUCCUUUGCGCCGAGAGUGAUGAAGAGCGCGAUACUUGGGUCGAUGCUCUUAUGGAAUAUGUCGAAAACGCUCCCUCUGAGAAUGAGGGACGUGGCAGCGCAUCUUCCAGGGGUCAAACUCAGUUUCAAGAUGAGUACCAGCCUCAACAAAGGCACUCACCCUCUGGAGCCGAGUCAAAGUCUAGAUUGUUCAAUGGAACUAAGAGGUCUGGCCGAGGAGUGGAUAGCCCCGAUCAAGACCUAGGGGGCUCUGUGCAGGGGUUCAGUUAUGAGGACGCAGUACCCGCUGAACCUCCGACAAUUGGUCCUAGUUUCGAGCAAGCACAUCGAUCUCCACGAAUUCCGGAGGGUCUGACGACUGAGUUCAGAGAGUUGAACAUGUCUUCUCCCGACCAAUCAACACAGUCUCCUAGAAUGAUCUCCAGGCCCACAAAUGGCGCAGUCAUCCAGGAUCUGGAGGCGUGGGGCAACAAGGCAAAGACAUCAACAAAAGAAAAGAAACGCAGUAUCUGGGGCUUCCGCUCUAGGUCCUCGUUUGACCUUGCUGCUCAGGCUCAGGCCAGCACCGACACAUUACUAGCAAACAAUGGCGAGAGAGCAGGCCCUAUUAGACCUGUGUUCGGUAUCCCCCUGGCAGAGGCCGUACAAGAUUGUGCACCUCCAGGCAUUGACGUGGAGCUACCGGCGGUGGUUUAUCGCUGCAUUGAAUAUCUACAUGCCAAGGAGGCCGCCUUGGAGGAAGGAAUCUUCCGUUUGAGCGGUUCCAACGUGGUGAUUAAAGCUUUGAAAGAGCGCUUUAACACCGAAGGUGAUGUUGAUUUUGUGUCUGGGGACCAGUAUUAUGACAUCCAUGCUGUGGCUUCUCUCUUCAAGCAAUACCUCAGAGAGCUUCCAACAACAGUGUUGACUCGGGAACUUCAUCUGGACUUCCUUCGCGUUCUUGAACUCGACGAUCGACACAAGAAGGUUGUUGCUUUCAACUCUUUGGUGCAUAAAUUGCCCAGCCCAAAUCUUUCCUUACUGCGAGCUCUGUCGCAGUUUUUGAUUGAGAUUGUCAAUAAUUGCGAUGUGAAUAAGAUGACUGUCAGAAACGUGGGCAUUGUAUUUGCCCCGACUCUCAACAUUCCGGCGCCGGUCUUUUCGAUGUUCCUCACGGACUACGACAGCAUCUUCGGUGAUGCUGAUCCGAGCUCGAACAAGCCAGCCACGACAGACUUGGCAGUUGAAAAUGCACUCUCGCCUGAUGAUAUCCGUUCUCCACGUCAUCAAAUGUUCUCAGAUCUUCCUACACCUUCGUACCAGCAAACCUCCUUUCGAAACACCGGUGAUGUGAAUUGUCCUCCCGAAGGCCCCAGAACACCUUACGACACUGGCUUCAUCCCAAUGCAACCAAGCUAUGAUCAAGCGACGUCGUCGAGACAUGAGCAAUACAAUCAGUCUCCCGAUGACUCUGCUCCGUAUUCUUCCUUGAAUGGCAUGCUGGGGCCUACUUCCGAAGAUACUCGCUCGGCAAAGACGAAGCGACGAGAAAGUUCAAUGCUCUUCAUGGAUGGUGAGGUUCCAGAAACACGCGGUUCUCUGUACACCUGCUAA